GAGCAUUUGUUCUCGUCUUUUUAGUUACACGUUAUAGAAAAUUAGAAAUCUCUCUUUUGUAAAUAUUUUAUUUAUUAGAUAAACCGAAUAAUGCGAUGAUUUCAAAACGACUCGAGUCCAAGAUGGACCUAGGAAUGUACAUAAAGGCCCAAUACUUAUGGGCCCAUCGGCCCAACUGUGGAUAGUUUUUGUGCUUUAAUAUUAUCUGAAAAAAAAAGAAUAAUAAAAAAAAAAAGAGAGAAGGGAAGAACGCGAAAAAUAAAACGAAACCUCGCGAGGGAUUGUGGGAUUUGUUGCAGGCGGGUAGUCACCACCGAUCGAUCUCUCAAAGAUCUUCCCCGAAUCAGUGAAUUAUCGCCGAGAAAUUUCCAUAACCACGAUGAUGGAAUAGGAUCUCGAAGCGCGUGGAAGCGGGAAGCGGGAAGGUGCGGUGGUCGGCGGAGGCGGAGAGAGAUGCGAUCGCAGCGGGUGGAGACGCCGUGGCGGCGAGCGAGGGAUGAGCGGUUGCUGUUGCGGUUGCGGCGGAGGUGGGAGUUUUGAUGGGAUUCAAACUGCAGAUGAGCUGGAUGCCGAGUCUACUGAGUCAGAAGCGUAAGAACGGUCCGCCUCUAGGGUUGCGGAACCUCGGCAAUACCUGUUACCUCAACAGCGUCCUCCAGUGCCUCACCUACACUCCUCCUCUCGCCAAUUUCUGCCUCUCUCACCAACACUCUUCUCUCUGCGACUCGGUUUUGGAUGGGGAACGGAAACACGACUGUGCUUUUUGCAUACUUGAGAAAAGAAUAGCAAGGUCUCUCAGUGUGGAUCUCACACUGGAUGCACCUAACAAGUUUCUUAACUGCCUAAAAGUUUUUGCCGAGCAUUUUAAGUUUGGGCGUCAAGAAGAUGCCCAUGAGUUCUUGCGGUAUGUGAUUGAUGCAUGCCACAAUACUUGUCUCCGCCUGAAGAAGUUGCGACGGAAGGGUACUGAGCCCUUCAAUGGCAACACUGUAGUUAAGGAGAUGUUUGGCGGUGCUUUGCAGAGCCAGGUGAAGUGUUUGUCAUGCGGUGCGGAGUCAAAUAAAGCAGAUGAGAUUAUGGAUAUCAGUCUUGAAAUUUUACAGAGUAAUUCACUUAAGGAAUCAUUGCAAAAGUUCUUUCAGCCGGAGAUUUUAGAUGGCAACAAUAAGUAUAGAUGUGAGAGCUGCAAGAAAUUGGUGGUGGCUAGAAAACAAAUGUCAGUACUCCAAGCGCCUAAUAUCCUUGUUAUCCAGUUGAAGCGGUUUGAGGGCAUAUUUGGUGGGAAGAUUGAUAAGGCCAUUGCAUUUGAUGAAGUUCUGCUUCUCUCAAGCUUCAUGAAUAAAACAAGCAAGGAUCCUCAACCGGAAUACAGGCUUUUUGGGACAAUUGUGCAUUCAGGAUUCUCACCAGAAUCUGGACACUAUUACGCAUACAUUAAGGAUGCCUUGGGUCGAUGGUAUUGCUGCAAUGAUUCGCUUGUGUCACUCUCCAACUUGCAGGAGGUGUUGUUAGAGAAAGCUUAUAUUCUUUUCUUCUGUCGUUCCAACCAAAGGCCAGCGUCUGCUAGAAAUUUGGUAUCAUCUAAUGGGGUUACAUCUCAUGGAAGUAAUGGCUGUGAGACAUCAAAGCCCCUGAAACAUGUUGGAUCCUUUAAAGAUGGUAACAAGAAACCACGAGAUGAACAACAAUCCUUCCAAAAGGAUAACCCAGCUACUUCUAAAGUUGAAAAGGCUCCUUUAAGACCACAUGCAAAGGUCAACUUUUCUGUCAACCUUGGUGCUAAAAGGGUCUCUCCGGCUGUGAAUGGUAGACUUGCUAUCCAGAUAGAUCAAGCUGUAGUUGCUAAGGGGGUCGGGAAAGAGGAUAUAGAUUUGUAUGGACUGAAAGGUGCCGCAUUUGUUCGGGUUUUGUCAUCGAAGGAAAUAAAGUUCCCUUAUCUGCUUGGCUUGACGUCUGGCCAGGAUAAAAUGGUUGAUGCUGAAAACGAUGGAUUGAGAACCAGAGAAAACGGUAAUGCACAGGGUAUUAAGGAUAAUCAUAUAGUUAAACUGCAUUCCCACGAGAACAAUGGUUCAAGCAAUGGGAUUGGUCUCCAUAAAGUUAAAUUGCAUCAGUCCGAGAAUAACAGAUUGAGCAAUGGGGCUGAUCACCAUGUAGAAGCUGAGAACGGCAGUGUCAGUAUCCAGCCCAAAACAUUGGGUUCCAGGAGGAAAACAGUUGAAGACUCAUGCGUGUUACUUAGAAAAGAUGACUUAUCACGUGACGAAGUCGAAGCAUUAAAAGAGAGCCUCAAGAAAGAUGCGGCUGCAUAUUUAAGGUCAUGUGGAUGGUAUGAUAAAGUAAACGCUUCCAUGCGCGGGAAGAAGAGGUUGUGUACAGAAGAAACAGGAGGUGGUCCAGAUGAUGGUGAAUUGAAGAAGAGGCUGAUUGCGGAUGCGAAAUCGACUUAUAACUCACAAAUUCCGGAGUCACUGAAAGCCGAGCUGGUAAAACGUCUGAUGGCCUUUAGCCAUGAGAGAGACACUUGGGGUGGUGCUUGACGACGUGUCCUGUCCUGCAGUCGUAAGUCAUAUGACAGCAAGCAAGCAGAAGCUAAGGGGUGUGUAUACAUUGUGGUCACUCGUACCAGAAUGUCCCAUUCCACUGUAGCAGAGCACUGCUUAAUAAUAGCGUCUUCGGAGGGUGGAGGGGGUUGAGCGAGUGAGCGUUACAAAAUUUUGGCGGCGAGCGUGAAAGGGUAAAUGCAUUGAUCAAUGGCAACAGGACACACAGGAUAUUCUCUACCUCUGUUGUGUGUAUUUGCCUUCGAAUUAAUUGUUUUUUUGUCGUUACAUAGGCGCCGGAGCCUUAUUAAUUUUUCAAGGAUGCAGCAUCACAUAAAUUUCCUUUUUACAAAGAAAUUAUAUUGUGUGUGAGAAUUAUUUCACUCUUCUUUAACUGGGUCCUUUAAUGUUCUCCUUUUUUGUGUUUUGGGGAACCCAUUGUGAUUAUCAGAUCGAUCAUGAUGCCUUUCCGAGUGAA